AUGACAAAUCCAUUCCUUCAGUUGAUGCAGCAGAAUGACACCGAACUGAAGGAAGCCUCCCCUCGGGCUCGCCGCAAGCACCAUGGACGUGUUCCUCACGAGGUAUUCCGCAAUGCGCUAAACAAGCACGCUAAGCUGGUCUCCUUCGUCUCCUUGGGCAACUCGAAGCCCAUCGGAGGCUGUGCGGGCGUUGGCAUGUGCCGCCUGAUGUACGGAGAUAGCGAGUACGCACCCACCGCCCGAGAGCUACAACAAAUGCAAGCUUCCGCGGGCCUUCGAAGCCGGCCGCUACCGGAGAUCGAAGAGCCGCGAGCCGGGAAGGGAGAUGAAGGCGAUGAAGAUGAAAAGGCCAAUCACUGCUCCAUCGCAUCCCCCAGACAAGCAAAUUCUUCCUCCGCUUCACCAUCGCCGGAUGCCGUACCAGGGAUGGCUGGCGGAGCUGCAAAGACUGCUGAGGCUGCGGAGGCGGAAGCGGCGGCAGCAGGGGCAGGGGCAGCAGUGGGGGCGGCGAAGCCUGGCGAGGGGCCAUCGGGCGCUGGGGACCUUUCGGCCGGCCUGCACGGGCCAGAGCAUGGCGGCGGCGGCAGCGGCUUCCGAAAUCUUGCCAAAUCAGGCUCCGCACUGCAGGGAUGGACGUCGAGCUCGCGGAAGGAACACGUGCUGGUGGCCGCGACGACAGCAAGGCUGUUAGGGGUCCGCAAGCUGCUACGUUCCACUACAGACAGUCGAUUCGUUUCGCGGGCUAACGAGCCCGAGGACACCGCCGCAGCGGUCUCGGAGCAGCCCGUGCAACAGCAAGAGCAACAGGGACAGCAACAACAACAACAACAACCGCCGCCGCCGCCGCCGCCACCGCCGCCGCCGCCACCGCCGCCGCCGCAGCAGCAGCAGCAGCGGACCUUAGGGCGCUCAAUGACAGCAGUCAGGGCGUCCCGCCGUUUCGGUGAUGCUGGUGCCGCGACCGCGUUCAUGGCGGCUGCGUCUCUUGACCGUUUCGCUACAACUACAGGUUCCACAGGUUCCACGCCCUUUCCUUGGAUGCAAAAAAACAUCAAUACUUCCCUUUCCAUCUAG